CGCCUGCGUGCGGGCACCUGCUAGAGGGAGGGUUAAGUCGUCCCGGGAGCAGAGCUAGUCGGCGGAGGAGGCUUUGGCAGCGGCGGGCGACAUGGACAACGCAGGGAAGGAGCGAGAAGCGGUCCAGCUGAUGGCGGAGGCCGAAAAACGAGUGAAGGCCUCCCACUCCUUCCUCCGAGGACUGUUCGGAGGGAACACGAGAAUAGAAGAGGCAUGUGAAAUGUAUACCAGAGCCGCAAAUAUGUUCAAGAUGGCCAAGAACUGGAGUGCUGCAGGAAAUGCGUUUUGUCAAGCUGCCAAGCUCCACAUGCAGCUUCAGAGCAAACAUGACUCCGCUACCAGCUUUGUGGAUGCUGGAAAUGCUUACAAGAAGGCAGACCCUCAAGAGGCUAUCAACUGCUUAAAUGCAGCCAUCGACAUUUACACAGACAUGGGAAGGUUUACAAUCGCAGCCAAGCAUCACAUCACGAUUGCAGAGAUCUAUGAGACUGAGCUUGUGGACAUUGAGAAGGCUAUUGCACACUAUGAGCAAUCUGCUGAUUAUUACAAAGGAGAAGAAUCUAACAGCUCUGCUAACAAGUGUCUGCUGAAGGUGGCAGCCUAUGCCGCACAGCUGGAGCAGUACCAGAAAGCCAUCGAGAUCUACGAGCAGGUAGGAGCAAACACUAUGGAUAACCCCUUGUUGAAGUACAGUGCAAAGGAUUACUUCUUCAAGGCAGCGCUCUGUCAUUUUAUAGUGGAUGAGCUGAAUGCCAAGCUUGCUCUUGAGAAAUACGAGGAAAUGUUUCCAGCAUUUACUGACUCCAGAGAAUGUAAAUUAUUGAAAAAACUUCUAGAAGCCCAUGAAGAACAGAACAGUGAAGCUUACACUGAAGCAGUGAAGGAGUUUGACUCAAUAUCACGCUUGGAUCAGUGGCUGACCACCAUGUUGCUUCGUAUCAAGAAGUCCAUCCAAGGGGAUGGAGAAGGAGAUGGAGACCUCAAGUGAAGUGCUGACCUCUUUGUGGCAUGCAGCCCAUUCCUUUUUAGUUUUGUCUUCAGGCAAAGCGAUCUUUCUGGGAUGCCCAUUUAAUGACUUAACUUUGUUGUAAAUAAGCCACACAAUUUAUGUCAUAGUUUCAGCUCGCCAUGUCUGUGUUACUGUGAGAGUGGGAAGCUUCUAUUCAGUUUGUGGUUAUGACAGCCAAAGUAUAUAAUGCUUAUCAGAGUCCUCAUAGUUUUCUGAGAAGUACUGCCGAAUCUUAUUCCUGUUUCUCUGAUAUUUUCAGGGCCCAUGGUCAAUGUUGCCAUGUGUUUUUCCUUUUUUCCUAAACUCUGGUACUCAACCCAGUUUUAUAGAUGCUUUGCAAAGACAUUGUGCAUUGGUAUCUGGAUGGACCCUUUAUACAAGUGGUUUAGUUUAGGAUGGUUAUUAGGAAUAAGUUUUUAAUUCAGAUAGAAACUGUCUGGCUUUCUUUUAUAGUUAUUUUGAUGGUGCUAGUGAUGAAUUCAUUUCCUUUUUAUUUUGCCCCAUAUGCUCACAUGUACAUGGCAGGCACUGAGAACAGCUGGGAUCUGUUGGCAUCACUUGCAUUAUAAGGGGAAGGAACUUGCUGGCAGGUUCUGUGGUCCUAUUAUAUAGAUGAGUGUCAAGGUGGAUUUCAUUGAUAUAUAUUUUUUUAACAUAAACAAUCUAUGAAAAAUGAAUUUUUUUCCCUUACCAAGAGUUUCCACUUUUAGUCAUAAUGGAAAUCUCUUCAUAUUUUCACAAAAAUGUUAUAACUGGUAUUUCCUUUGUUCUCACACUUAUAUAUUCCUCACAUUGUCUUCUGGGCCAUGGUCAUGCCAAGCUGGAGCAGAGCUGGACAGAAGAUUCCAGCUGAAGCUUGAGAAUGUGUGGUUAGUGUCCAUAUGUUGGGCAUGGUAGUUAAGUGGUGGUCAGUGUGGCAUGUGUUUGUUAUCUCUGGUUGGAUAAGAACCUUACCUAUGUCUGAUGGUCCCUGGUUUAUUCUUAACUGAAGUGACUUCACGUGUAUGUAUGAGUUCUCUUGUCCCAUUUGAUUUAUAUAAGAUGUAUGCUCUGUUAUUUCAGAGUUUGACUCUCCAUGCUACUUUAUAUGCUGAUACAGUACUGUAGACAUGGUCUUGCUUCCUGAGUCGCCUGUGCAUUUGUAUGCUGAGAUGAUCUGUGCUUAAAGAGCAUGUGUUACUAGAAACACUUCAUAGUCCUAAUAUACUGCUGUCAUGUGACAGACAGGUAUGAAAUGGCACCGGAAUGGUGUUUUCAUCUUUGGAUGGCCCUGGAGUAGGGUUGGCGGCACGAACUGUGCAGUAGAGUGGCUAUGCCAGGACCAGGCUUAAAGGAGGAGAGUUUGAGGACUGUUGAGAAAUUCAGAUCUUUCAGAAGUGAAUGUAGCAGGAUGAGAUUAGAGACAUGGUUUCUGCUCUUCCAGGGGGCCCAAGUUUGAGCCCCAGCACCCUUGUUGAGUGGCUCAAAAUCACCUGUAACUCCAGUGCCCCCGGGAGUUCUAAGUACCCUCUUCUGCCUCAAUAAGCACAUGCAUACAGAUAAACAUAUACAUGAAAUGAAUAUAUACAUACAUGUAGGCAAAACACUCAUAUAUAAAAUAAUAAAUCAAUUUUAAAAAAUAUUUUUAAAGAAAAUAUUAGCAGGCGAUGAAGUUGAGAUUGGUCCCAUGGGGACAGGUGGUAGGUGUCUGUCAGACACUGUGAAGACUCUCUAGCCCUGACCCGGUGUUAAAAGGGUGUGUGUGCAGGGAACUCUGAGGCCUCCGCAUGUCUGGAGAAGAGGGAAUGUGCCCUAGAAUCUGAUGAGGAUUCCUUUUCCCUUCAAUGGUUUUUGGAGUUUAUUUUCUUUUCUCCCCCUGCACACCAAGUCAGGGUUUCUCUGUGUAGCUUUGGAGCCUGUCCUGAACUUGCUCUGUAGACCAGGCUGCCUCCAACUCACAGAGAUCUGCCUGUCUCUACCUCCUGCAUGCUGGGAUUAAAGGCGUGCGCCACUACCACCUGGCACAUUUUGCGGGGAGGGGGUGUUUCUGAAUGAUAGCUGGCUGUACCAAAGGUAAAAUUUGUACUUGAGCCUAGUAUAUCCUUCUUGACUCCAUUAGAAUCACUUAUGCAAAGACAAACAGAAAAGUUAGUUAUUGGGCUAGAGAGAUACCUCAUCUACUGUUCCAGAGAACCCGUGUUUAAGUCCCAGCAACCAUAUGAGGGACUCAGCUAUCUGUACCUCCAGUCCUAAGGAAUCCACCAUCCUCUUUCCGCCUCCACAGGUACCAGGCACGCAUGUAGUACACAGACUUACAUGUAGACAAAAUGCAUACACUUAAAAAUAAGUUUUUUAAAACGCUGGUUUAUAGAAAAGUGGGUUAUUGCUUUAUUCACAACCAGCUACAGGCAGCUGUGGAAAAGAGAUGUGUAAAUGGCUGUAAAUCAGUUCCAGUGGGAGAUCAUUUGAGCACUGGCCAGUCUCUGUACUCUGCCUCACUUCUUCAGUCUUCUGGUGUGAUGAUUGAAAAGCCCACAUGGUAUCUUGUAAGACACUUUGGUUUACCUUUCACCAUGAUUCCCUAACAUACCUAUCUAGAGAAGUGUUGGGUUUUUAAAGUAGUGUUUGUUUUCUUUCAGUUAUUUGUUUUUCCUGAAGUUAAAUAAGUGCUUGAGCAAGCAUCAUAGACACUUGUAAUCCUAUAGUAUUUAAGAGGAUAGUUUGGAGGAUUGCUUUGAAUUUGAGGCCAGCCUAGUUUACCCAGUGAAUUUCAGGCCAGCCUAGGUUACAAUGUGAAUCCUUAUCUCAAAAAACAAACCAAAACAAACAAAAAAGGAAAGGCUGAGAUCAGUCAGUGCUUGGGUUUUUUUUGUCCCAGCACUUGGGAGGCCAAGGAAGAAGAGCAUAAUUUCCAGAAUAGACUAGAAUAAACUUUGUAGCAAGACCACCUAAGAACAGACCUGACAGAAAGUAAAAGAAUGAGGAAAAAAAUCUAGACAGAAGUAUGCAAGCUUACUUUCUCCAAAUGUCUCAAGAUGCCUAGGUGUGGGCUUCCCAGGUCUCUAGAUUAUUAUGAACAAAACACAAUGAUCCUUUGUUAGAGUUCUCAUACUUGAGAGCAUCUGGGGAUAGUUCAUAGUUGUGUCAGUUGAAAAGCUUUGCUUUUGUGGCAACAUUUUUAUAGCUUGUGUGAAUUCCUUUUUUAUUUAAUGACAUAAAACAGUAUUUUUGCACAGUUGUAACCAUGUGUGGUGAUGUCACUAUAACCAAAGUAUAUGCACCAACCCUUGUGCAUUUAUUGUUCCCUCUGAUGUUGUGCAUUUAAAAUGUCUAAAUACAAACCUCUGUGACUGUGGAGGAUCUGGCAGCACAGCAUGCCCGUGACCUGCCUGCUGCAGUGUGAACUCUGACCAGUAGCAGGCCCUCUGAUGUCCUGAGUUGCUCUCAGGCAAGGGAGUACAUUAUAAAAACUAACCAUGUAACAAUAAGUCUACCUUAGCUGAAAGGAUGUUUUAUGUGAACUUGUACAGUAAAUAAAGUGGAAAUUAGCAAUAAUGGUUUGACUAGUCUUUGCUACCAGAACUAGUUGAAGUUGUUCCGAUCAAGUUUACAGUACUGACAUUACUGAUGCUAGGCUUUUUGUGCCAUGCUCACCCAAUGGUUCUGCUGGCUGAGGUUUAGAAAAAAACCCUGGUAUCCUCUCUUGCUGCGAGUCAGGUGCCAGCGGCUGCCAAGCUCAUCUCUUCCCUUCCUUGCAUCCUUUGAGUUUCACUGUCACUUGCAAGGCAAACAGAAAAGGGGCUGCAGGGAACUGUUGAGUUCUGGGAGGGACCUGGCAGCCCAAUGUUCCCCUUCCCUGAUUCAUCUUAUAGGCAGGUAUCUCCACAGGAACUAUUGUUGCCCUUGGAGGUGGGAAGUACAGCCCCUUGCCAGUGAGUUACAGAACUUGGCCAGAGCUAAAGCAGAUUCACAACUUAAAAUAAAUGUGCAGUAGGCUAUCAGAAAUUGUUGGGUCACUGCAUGUCUGCUGACCCCAGUGUCUCUCCUCAGUUGGUUUCCUUACCAUGAAGAAGUCGGACCCUGGCUUCAUUAGCUUGUACAAAUGGCCAGAGUGAACAGUUACAAUGGUCUGACAUUAAGCAAGUUAAAGUUGUGACUGGACCCAAGGUGUGGUGAUUAAGAAGACUGGUUCCUCUUCCAGUGGACCCCGGCUGAAUUCCUAGCAUCACAUGGUGGCUCACAACUGUCUGUAACUCCCAUUCCAGGGUAUCUGAUGCCUCCUUGGGCACCGGGCACACAUGUAGUACACAGACAUACAAAUGUGCAGGCAAAAUACCCAUAUAUAUAAAAUCUUUUGAAAGUUAAAUUUAAUCUACAAUCUCCCUUAGUUACCAACAGCAAAAACCCAAAGGUUCUCACUACUUCCUGACCUACUUUUUAAACUACUACAGAAAACUUUGGUAAAACCAAAGGCUGUGGAGCCCUCUGUAGUUUGGACUAUGUUGAAACACAAAAGGUGCCGAGGGCCAUGUCAUAAGAACAGCAGAUGGUAAUUAAUAAUCAAGGUGUCAGCCAGCAGGGAAAAAAAACCUCUGACGGGAAAACCUUGCUAGGCAAGGCCACAAGGCUACAGACUCCAGAGUAUCUUCUGCUUCCAUCUGUGACCUCACAUGUACUGCUGCACAUCUCCCUGUAUGGAGUAUGUUCACUGUUGACAGAGGUUUCUGUCCCACGGCCUUUCAGUCCCAAAGAAACACACAGGCCUACAUUAAUUAUAAACUGGUUAGCCUAUUAGCUCAGGCUUUUUAUUAACUAAUUCUUACAUCUUACAUUAAUCCAUAGUCUUGUCUGUCUUAGCCACAUGGCUUGGUACCUUUCAUCAGCGAGGCAUUCUCAUCUUGCUUCCUUUCUGGGUGACGACUGCAGACUGACUCCUCUUCCCAGAAUUCUCCUGUUCUGGUCGCCCCAUCUAUACUUCUUCCCUGGCUACUAGCCAAUCAGCACUUUAUUAAAAUACAAGUAACAAAUCUUUACAGGGUACAAGAUUAUUGUGCCACAGCAGUUCAUCUCAUGAAUACAUCCUAACUAGUGGGCAUUUUUAUCUGUGGAUUGUCAAGAAGAUGACCCCUCCUUAAGUUGUAUUGUAAUGUUAGCUUACACAGAGUUCUGAUGAAUAAUAAUACAAAGAAAUGCUAUGCAGUCAAGGCUUAAUUUCCUCCUAGGAGCUGCUUUAGAUCACAGUUCAGGUUGACAAUUAGGAAAAUAGCUGAAAUUCCCCAGCUGCCAAAGCAACCUAAUUGCCGAAUGCAGUUUCUUUGCUAGGUCUGGCUGAUACCCUAGGAUAAUCAUUAACUCUCUGCACAAAUUCCUAACCUCGGUUUUAUAAUGCCGGUAUGUAUCCUAAAGACUCAAAGUUCAGCCAGCUAACUUCUUUAUGUGUAAAAAUGUUGGGUCCUGGAAUUGCAUAAGUGACAGGAACAAAAACAAACAAACAAACAAAAAAGCUGAGUUUUUGUUCAGAAACACUGCAGGGAAAGAUAUUUUAACUGGUUGGGGCUACAGAAAAUAAUUUGAUUUUCUAGCCUCAAGAGAGACAAGUUUCUUUUUAUGGUCUUGAGUUACAUGCAGGACAGAAAGUGAUUUCGAGAUUUAAAAUGCUAUUAGUGUCGCUAUGCCUUAGGUAGUGCUGACUGAGCUGUUUGUAAAAGAUUUAUGGAACCUGAGGCCAUACUAAACAAUUUAGGACACCUCUCUCUCUAAACUUGACACUCUUGAGUCCGAGAAAGCCCAGCAUUUAUGACUUCUGAUCACAGAUGUUAGUUCAGAAUAUUUAUACACUCAGAAGGAUAGGUUAUAGUACACAAUUCCUUUAUUAGACUCCUCAGUAGUUUAGGUUUCUACACUCCUUAUAAGAGUACCUCUCUAGAUAGAUAACAAAAUGAUUCAUUCUUUACUGCCAUAAUUGGCAGCCUGCCAAUGAAAGAGUUGGCUCAGAAAAAAAAUGUUCCUUCCUCACUCUGUGACAAGUUAUUUAGAAAUACUGCUUGUGAGUUAUCAGGAUGACUCUGUUUUUAAUCAAUUAAGAAUUGGAAUGUGAUUUCUGUGUGUGACUCCUAUAUAGCCUGAAAGAUUUUAUUGGGUAUAUAAGCUGUGAAGAACAAAAGAAGAACAACAUGAGAGAAUUAAGAAAGGAAUCGUAAGUGUCUCAGAUUUAAAAAGUUUCAGAUUGGGCUUCGCUGUGAACUUUCCCUUUGAGCCCUGUGUGCAGUUUGGAAGCUGGUUCUUUCAGGCUGUGUUAAGAAUGGUUGGAAUAUCACUAGGUCACCUCUUUGGCAGACCCUCCCGAUGUUCCUGAUGUUCCUGCUCCGAGAGUUUGUGCUGCCAGAACACAGCUGGAACCAGCCCAAGGCAGCCUUGCUUUCUCACAGAUGAACUGCUAGGAUUGGUAGAAAGACGCCACAAAGUGGUGUUAGCGCCAAGGUUUAUGUCCUUAAGGAUCACCUUCCUCUUUUGGGAAGAGACAAAAACCUACAUAACCACGUGGUCACUCUGACUUGUGACUGCAAAGACUGGUAGAGUGCCUUUACAUUCUAUGCUCCCCAGCUCAACGCAGGCCACUGCUAAGCAGGGGCCGUUCUUCUGUCUGACACUGUGGAGGUCAAUCAUCUGUGGUGAUUGUA